UAUUCCCGGUAUCCCAUGGGGUAUUUAGGUUUGCGAAGCCAAACGUCCGCGGCAUCAUCCAACCCAAGACGCAGCCGUCUCACGCCUCCACCUCUUCCAUCCCUCGCCGUCUGUCUUCCUCCUCUGCGCCCGUGCGCUCCCCUCAAAACCCCCCGUGCCGCGCCAAAACCCUAGCCCUAGAGUUCCCCUUCGGCGCGCGGAGCAGACGAGCCCCCUCCUGCUCGCGCAUGGCGUCCUCGGGGGCCGCCGCUAACCUAUGGGUGCUGCUCGGCCUCAGCAUCGCCGGCGUCCUCCUGGCGGCGCGACGGCUGCGGCGCCCCGCGCGCCCCGACCACGGCGCCUUCAUCGCCCGCCUCGAGCUCCUCCCGCCGCCGCAGCCGCCGCCGCCGCAGGCGCCCCACCCGCUCACCGGACUCUGCUUCGCCAUCGCCGACGCAAUGUUUUUUUAUGCACUAAAAAGUAACCAGCUGGUGGAAAUGCAUACUUCCAAUGGCCUUUUGAAUUCUGUUGAGGACAAAAAUUGUCUGCUAAUUGUUGUACACACAUCAUGCCAAAGAAAUUUGAUAUUAAUUGCUUGCCUAAUCUGGAGACCAGAUUUAUUAUUUCUAAUUGGUGCAUACAGCGGCUAAUGUCAUGAUUUCUGGAACUGAGAACGGAUUGAAUGUCAGUGGUUAUAUUACAAGUUUCGGCAGCCUAGAAUGGGCAAAGACACAUGAUGCAGCGACACAAACAUCUCCAGUGGUUUCAGCUCUUGUCCAUGGUGGUGCUAUUUGUGUUGGGAAAACCGUUAUCGAUGAGAUGGCAUACAGUAUCCAUGGCGAGAAUAAACAUUUUGAUACACCAACAAAUCCUGCUGCUUCGGAUCGGGUACCAGGAGGAUGCUCAAGCGGAUCGGCUGUUGCAGUUGCUGGUGGCAUGGUAGAUUUUGCCCUGGGUACCGAUUCUAUUGGAGGAGUAAGGAUACCAGGUGCUUAUUGUGGUGUCUUGGCAUUCAGGCCUUCACAUGCUGUUGUUUCCAAUGGUGGUGUUAUUCCUGUUGCACCUAGCCUGGACACUAUAGGAUGGUUUGCAAGGGAUCCAACUGUUUUGCGCCGUGUUGGGCAUCUUCUUCUGAGACUUCCUUAUGCUGAUAUUCGCCAACCUAGACAUUUUUACAUAGCAGAUAAUUGUUUUGAACUUUCAAAGAUACCUGCUAGAAGGCUUACUCAGGUGGUGACAAAAUCUGUGGAGAAGCUCUUUGGAAGACAAGUGCUGAGCUGUGUAAAUCUUGAAAAUUAUUUGGCUUCAAGAAUAUCCAGCUUGAAGAAUUAUUCAAAUGGGCACAAGAAUGGGGAUUCAAAGUUUUCUUCGUUGCUAGCACUUUGUAAUGCCAUGCGAUUGCUUCACAAGCGCGAAUUCAAUGAUCAGCAUAUGGAGUGGAUAAACUCAUUUAAACCUGCUGUGGAUGCUCGGAUAGUCAGUAAUUUGUCUGACAAUGGUGAUUCGGCUAUUGACAGCUGCCAAGAUGUGAGAAAUGAAGCACGCUUAGCUCUCAGUGCACUUCUUAAGGAUGAUGGGAUUUUGGUCAUUCCAACUACUUUGGGAUGCCCCCCAAAGCUUAAUGCUAAGGAACUCUCAUCCGAAAGCUACAAUUCUCAGACAUUAUGCCUUUCAUCUUUAGCUAGUAUGUCAGGGUGUUGCCAGGUUUGUGUCCCUCUGGGUACACAUGAUAAGUGUCCUAUUUCGGUUUCAUUCGUUGCUAGGCACGGUGGUGAUCGUUUUUUAUUGGACACCACUCAAACUAUGUAUGCGACCAUCAGAGAGCAAGUGGAGAUCCUAGCAACAUCUAAUGUUUCAAGUAAACAGGCGAUGAAUGAAGAAGCAGCUGAAGCUGCUAAAGAGAAAGGUAACGCUGCAUUUAAGGAGAAACAAUGGCAAAAGGCGGUAAAUUUCUAUACAGAAGCGAUCAAAUUCAACGGAAAAGUGGCCACCUACUACAGCAACAGAGCUGCUGCGUUUCUAGCACUUGCUAGGUAUGAUCUUCCCCUAUCUGGCAUCUGUUUUUGUCAAUAUCAUUUGAUGAUCUGGCGUGUAAGAAGUGUUUUUCCAACACUCUUUUGUUACUUGAUGGUUCACCUUUUUGGACCUUCCAGCUAUCGUCAAGCUGAGGCAGAUUGCACUAGUGCCAUCGAUCUUGAUCCAAAGAGCGUGAAAGCUUAUUUACGGAGAGGCACUGCAAGGGAGAUGCUGGGUUAUUAUAAGGAGGCUGUUGACGAUUUCAACCAUGCCCUCGUUCUAGAACCAAUGAACAAGACAGCUGGUAUUGCCAUUAAUAGGUUAAAGAAGUUAUUUCCGUAAAUACGAAGUCGUUGGAAUUGUUUCUCCAUGAAGAUGUGACCUCAGCUUGUGUGCACACAAGUUCCGCGUUUCACGGGGUGGGAAUGAAGUCCAUGAGAGCUCAACUGACAGAUGCUGUUGCAUAUGCUUUAUGCUCUGACAAGGUAUUAAAUUAUCACUGCUGGUAGCAACGGAAUUACGGAGCUGAGGGUCACUUGUUCCUUCCCCCCAAAGUUUUGGAAAAGCAAAAUAAAACACAAGUUUUGGGAGCUGAUCAUAGUAAACAAUGUCUUCAAAUGUGCUUUACGGGUGUCCUCGGUCCCCCACCAUGUAUCAUAUUGGGUUCGCCAAUUAUUUGUUCAAACCCUUUGCCAAUAAUACCUUUUGCCAUGCUGACCUGUA